UUGUUGAGGACUACAUCUGCAACUCGCUUGUGAAGGAGUAGUGGGACGAGGAGCAGACACGCCGUAUGGAGGAGAUGGACAGUCGCGAGAUGCAGGGGGUGUUGGGCCCGGAACAGCAGGCGUUCGGGGCCGAGGUCGACGCCAGCGGGUCUUCGCAACCACUCCCAGACCCACAGCUAAGUAUGACCUCGCCAAUCGGGCAGAAGCCGAGUGAUGUGGAAGCAGUAUCGAUGACGUACAAGGAUGUGAUGUGUUCCAAGUACAAGAUUUUCUGGGAGGCGGCCAUGAAGAAAGAGAUAGAUGGCCACGACAAGACUGGAACCUUUACCAAGGUCAAGGAGCUGCCCGAGGGGCGGAAGGCCAUAGGUUCAAAGUGGGUGUUCUCUUGGAAGACGAAUGAGAAGGGCCUGAUAGUCGACUUCAAGGCCCGUACUGUUGCGCGGGGUUUCUUUCAAGUCCCCGGCAUCGACUUCCACCACUCAUCCUCAGCGUGCUCGUCUGCAGCGUCUAUCAAGACGGUGAUUGCCGUAGCCACUGAACAGGGCAAGAAACUCGCUCACUGGGAUGUGAAGCAAGCGUACAUCCAUGCUAAGCUAAAAGAAGAAAUAUACCUCAGGUUCCCGGAAGGCUGUGGUAGCAUGUCUGGCAAGGUGGUCAACGUUGAGCGUGCCCUGUAUGGCCUAGGGCAGAGUGGCCGUGAGUGNGGCAUGUCCGGCAAGGUGGUCAAGGUUGAGCGUGCCGUGGUUGGCCCGUGUGUCUUCCGGAAGUUGGUGGCAGGAGAGGUCGUAGGUCUCAUCGUGAUCUACGUUGAUGACAUCUUCGUGGCGGCAGACGAGGGAGAGUGAGAGGAGUUGUUCGCUUCCCUCAACAAGAAGUUUCCGGUGAAAGAUCUGGGGGAGUGUACCUGGUACGAUGGGUGUGCUAUCGCCAUGGAUGAAAAAAAA